AUGUCUACAGAUUCCAUCGUUAAGGCCUCCAAUUGGAGAUUAGUAGAAGUUGGUCGUGUCGUUUUAAUUAGAAAGGGUCCAUCAGUUGGUAAAUUAGCUACCAUUGUGGAAAUCAUCGAUCAAAAAAAGGUUUUAAUUGAUGGUCCACUUGCAGGUGUUCCAAGACAAUCAAUCAAUUUAGGUCAAAUUGUCUUAAUACCAUUAACUUUCGAAUUACCAAGAGGUUCAAGAACUUCCAUCGUUGCUAAGAAAUGGACUGAAGCUAAUAUUUGUGAUAAAUGGAAUGCUUCAUCUUGGGCUAAAAAGAUUGCUCAACGUGAAAGACGUUCUAAUUUGUCUGAUUUUGAAAGAUUUCAAGUCAUGGUAUUAAGAAAGCAAAGAAAUUUCAUUGUUAAGAAAUCAUUAGCUAAGGCUUGA